AUGGCCGCGCGUUUUACGGCCGCGCAGGUUCUAGAACAGAUCUUGUCCAGCGUGGACCAAGAAGACUACUCGGAUUGCCAGGAGGAGGAGGACGAAGAGGUUUCGGAAGAGGAAGACGGCGAGGAAUACAACCCCGAGAGCCGCGAGGUCGACGAUGCCUCUCCUCCCUCUUCUGGGGAAGAGCAGCCCGAGGAAGAGGCGCCCGAGGACGAGCACGAGGACGAGCACGAGGACCGCGGCGAGCAAGAGAUCUCCUCGGCCCCGGACCGACGGGAGCCUCCGUUGCUGUCGAAAAACGGCAAAAUCGAGUGGUCCCCCGUGGCCUAUGGUCGCCACCGCGGGCCCCUGGCGAUCUGCCACGCCGGGCCGGACCAGACUCCGGGCCCCACGGCCUUCCACCUGUUUGUCACACCGGCGAUAGAAAGGAUAAUUGUGGAAAUGACGAACCUGCACGGGGCCAGAAAAUACGGCGACGGCUGGCGACCCAUGGACGCCAAGGACCUGUGCGCCUACCUAGGGCUGCUGAUCCUAGCGGGCGUCUACAGGUCCCGGGGCGAGGCCGCGGCAAGCCUGUGGGACGCCGAGAGCGGCAGGACCGUGUUCCGAGCCACCAUGUCGCUCAAGGUCUUUCACAGGUACUCGAGGCUGCUGCGAUUCGACGACCGCCAGUCGAGAGCCGCCAGACUCGCCACGGACAAACUCGCAGCCAUACGGGAGGUCUGGGACCUGUGGGAGGCGCGGCUGCCGGCCCUCUACAACCCGGGGCCCGACGUGACGGUGGACGAGCAACUGGUCCCGUUCAGAGGCCGCUGUCCCUUCCGUCAGUACAUCCCCAGCAAGCCGGCCAAAUACGGCAUCAAGUCGUGGGUGGCCUGCGACGCCAAGUCCAGCUACGCUUGGAAGAUGCAAGUGUACACCGGCAAGGCGGCCGGCGCAGGCCCCGAGAAGAACCAGGGGAUGCGCGUCGUCCUCGAUCUGACAACGGGCCUGAGCGGUCGCAACGUCACCUGCGACAACUUCUUCACCUCCUACGACCUGGGCCAGCGGCUCCUUGAGAGGAACCUCACCAUGGUGGGCACGGUGAGAAAGAACAAGGCCGAGCUCCCGCCCGCGCUGCUCGAGUCCAGGGGCAGACAGGUCCUGUCCUCCAGGUUCGCCUUCACGCCCACCGCCACUCUGGUGUCCUACCUGGCAAAGAGAAACAAGAACGUGCUACUCUUGAGCAUGCUGCACACAGAGGGCCACAUCAGCGAUCGCCGCGACAAGGAGCCGGCCCUCAUCCUCGACUACAACUGCAACAAGGGCGGCGUGGACAACCUAGACAAGGUGGUGGGCACCUACAGCUGCAGACGGAUGACUGCCUGCUGGCCCCUGGUCGUCUUCCACAACAUCCUCGACGUGUCCUCCUACAACGCCUUUGUCAUAUGGCGAGAGGUCAAGCCUGACUGGAUGCCUGGCAAGCGGAACAAGCGAAGGGUGUUCCUCGAGCAGCUGGGAAAGGCACUCGUGAAGCCGCUGAUCCAAAGAAGGCAUCAUCUGCCCCGCACCGAAGCGGCCUCAUCGCUUGUCAAAGUUCUACAGAGUGCUACGGCGGCGCCUCCUGAGCAACAGCGCCAGGGCACGGCCGCUGCCCCGCUCGUUGCCCCGGCCACCGGGGCAAGUAAGAGGAAGAGGUGUCAGCUCUGCCCACCCAAGAAGGACUCACACGGUGUGACACACACGGUGUGCUGCAGGUGUAAGAAAUACAUCUGCAAAGGCUGUUCACACGCCUACUGUCACACUUGCGCACAUUGGGCCUUUAGCCAGGACGGGACAGGGUGA